UCUUAGUGUCUUCUAUAUGCCUGGCCCUACAUGGGUGCUGGGUCCUUGUCCCCAAAAAGUGUCCUGGAUUUUGGUAUGCUAAGAAUUCUUUAAAAGACUUUGAAAGGGCUCGACAUUCCCAUAUCCCUGAAAGCCAGGUAGCAGCCUCUGUCUUGUAACAAGGUCACCCUCAGACAGCCCUCGCCAAUGACAAUUGGACAUAGCAAAUGGGGAGCGUGGUGGGAGCGGAGGUCUGUGCUGGAGAGAAGGGAUGCUGGCCCGUGGUCCUACCACGGCUCCCGAAGAGCCGUGACCUUGGAAAUUCCUGCCCCAGCAUCAGCUGACAACCUCUAGGUCACAUCCAGCUCUGGAAUUCUGAAGGCAGCAUCUGACCUGCCUAGGGAACUAAACCUCUCCCUGGCUGAGCAUGUGGGUGGGGAAGCUGCCCGCUUCAGAAAACCCCUCAUCCUGACAACCACGCAGGGCCGUUUUCUAAGUCGCAGCUGGAACACACCUUAGCACCGUCAGUCCAAGGUGCAAAUAGAGCGUGUUGAUUUAACAACGUUAUUCCUGAUUACUGAUGAACAGAAGGACAGGAGAUUCCAGUGCAGCAGCAGUGCUUAAGGGUAGACAUAAGCAGAACUUCCCGCAGGCGCUAAAGCCCUUCCCUGAGGCCAGCAUCCGGCUGUCACCCUUCAGAUCCUGCCUUUCCAGGAAAGCAGGUAUUCUCCCACCCAGUGACGUCUCAGAAACUAUUUUUGAGAACAUGCUAAUUGCCACACCAACUGCCUAUGGAAAACUCGGUUUCGGUGACAGAAAUAAGUACACGAGAUAAUCUUUAACCCGUUUCCUUUCUCUCCCCACUCCCGCCUCGCUCGGCUUCAUUAGGGUUCCCGCCGGUGCCUGAGGAGCGGCACGACCCCGAGGGCCCAGGGAGUUGCCCGGCUGGCCUAGGCAGGCAGCUGACCAUGGCCAGCGCGGCCGUGCAGCUCCUCGGCUUCCUGCUCAGCUUCCUGGGCAUGGUGGGCACGCUGAUCACCACCAUCCUGCCACACUGGAGGAGGACGGCGCACGUGGGCACCAACAUCCUCACGGCUGUGUCCUACCUGAAGGGGCUCUGGAUGGAGUGCGUGUGGCACAGCACAGGCAUCUACCAGUGCCAGGUCUACCGCUCCCUGCUGGCGCUGCCCCAAGACCUUCAGGCUGCCCGUGCCCUCAUGGUCAUCUCCUGCCUGCUCUCGGGCAUGGCCUGCGCCUGUGCCGUCAUCGGGAUGAAGUGCACACGCUGCGCCAAGGGCACGCCUGCCAAGACCACCUUUGCCAUCCUCGGCGGUGCCCUCUUCAUCCUGGCUGGCCUCCUGUGCAUGGUGGCCGUCUCCUGGACCACCAACGAUGUGGUGCAGAACUUCUACAACCCGCUGCUCCCCAGCAGCAUGAAGUUCGAGAUCGGCCAGGCCCUGUACCUGGGCUUCAUCUCCUCGUCCCUCUCGCUCAUCGGUGGCACCCUGCUUUGCCUGUCCUGCCAGGACGAGGCACCCUACCGGCCCUACCAGGCCCAGCCCAGGGCCACCACAGCCACCGCGACCACCGCCCCCGCCUACCAGCCACCAGCUGCCUACAAAGACAACCGGGCCCCCUCAGUGACCUCAGCCACCCACAGCGGGUACAGGCUGAACGACUACGUGUGAGUCCCCAGGGCUGGCUUCUUCCCACGGCCGCUGCAGGCUGGGUCCCCUGUGGGAGUGUCAAUGGAGGCAGGGGUUCCAGCACAAAAGUGACUUCUGGGCGAUUUUUGUAUUCAAGGAAAUAAUGUGAACGCAAGGAAGUGUCUUUAGAGCGCAGGGACAGAGGGGAAAUAAGAGGAGGAGAAAGCGCUCUUACCAAAGACUGAAAAAAAUCCCAUUUUUGUAUUUAUUAUAUGUAUUUAUGUGGGUGAUUUGAUAACAAGUUUAAUACAAAGUCACUUGGGAGUUUGGUCAGUGGGGUUGGUUUGUGAUCUAGGAAUAAACCCUGUGGACAUGGCUGUUUAUGAAA